AUGGGUCUCAUCAAGGGCGGCUUCAUGCGCCUGACGGCCACCUUCAUCUACUUUUUGGCCUUUCUCGCGUCCGCCGUGAUUCUUGGCAUCUACGCGUACUUCCUGUCUGUCCUGGCAGACCGCAAUGUUCGCAUCCUGCCUCGUUGGAAGGCCGUCACCGGCAUGUCUGGUGGAGGUGCCUUGUUCGCGCUCAUUGCUGUUCUCUUUACAUGUUGCUUGGGUGGAAUCACCUUCUUCGGCUUCAUCGCAAUUGUCAUUGACAUUGCUCUCGUUGGCGCCUUCAUCGCCAUCGCCAUCUUGACGCGCAGUGCCACAGGAUCUUGCCGCACCAACUACUUCAACACUCCCCUCGGACUCACUGCGUCCAGCAGCUUCAACGAUGAAGUCACCUACGCAGUUUCGGGAAAAACAGCCUGCGGCUUGAACAAAGCUGCAUUCGCAUGCUCAAUCAUCGGCGCAUUCCUCUUCCUCAUCGCAGCCGCCUUCCAGGUCCUCCUCAUUCGCUCCCACAAGAAGGAGAAGCGUUACGGUCCUUCGCCAUCCAACAAUUACACGUCUGGCACUGGCAAGCGUAACUUCUGGCAGAGAAAGCCCAAGCACGACCAGACUCUCUCUCGUGAUGCAGAGAUGGGAACUACUGGCGCACCAGUCGGUGGCCUCGCUGCCCCCACUCAGGACAUCCGUCCCAGCUACGAGACCGGCACUACGGUUGGCAACGCCAAUGUCUAUGAUACCAGCAAGGCCGAUGGCACCCACGCCGGUUACUACACACAGCCUCAGGGAACUGGUGUCAACCCUUACGGCCAGACUGGAACUGCCACCAAUUAUUAG